UUACAUUUUUGUUUUGGUUCUGAAAACCGCAACCGCCAAACCGGCAUCAGUGAAGAAGAAAAUCAAAGAAAAUAAUAUCAAUGAAAUAAAAGAUAAAAAAAAAAAAUGAGAGAAUUUCAAGAGAAAAUUGAUUUUAUUAAACGUCAGUUUAGAAGUGCUGAUUCAAAUUCAAAUUGCGAAGCUAGUUUUUGUUUAUUAAAAACGCUUUAUGAAAAUGAUGACAAAUUUAUGGAAGAAUUUCUUGAAUCUAAUGUCAUGAUAAAUAUUUUAGAAGCCAUGAAUUCUUUGAAUCAAAAAUAUAUUCUGGAAUCGUUGGAAUUGAUAAUACGAAGAGGAUUAGCUAUAAAAAAUUAUUUUAUUGACAAAACUCUAACAUUUGUUAAAAUAUCAGAUUUAAUCAAUUCCAAAGAAGAAGCAACAGUGACUCUAAAUAUUUUCUUCACAUUAUUGUCACAAGAACUUGAAUUAAACAAAAAGAAUGGUAUUUUAUUAAUUGAAAAACAUGCGGCAAAAUUAUUAAAUUUUCUCAAUCAAACAACUUUUGAAUUGAGUUCUCUGCUCACUGCAGCGAAAUUAUUUAAUUUUGUCAUUAAAUAUAGUGAUUUAAAUUUUCAACAGACAUAUUUUUCCUUAAUAGAGAAAAUUUAUUUUCAAGUUAUGGAUUAUUUAUUAAAAUUUAAAGAUGAUUCUUAUUUUGAAAGAAUAAGAACUGCUUGUUGUGUAUCAUUUUCAAUUGCUAAUGUUUGUUGUAAAAUCGAUGUAAUCGAGGAACAAGUUGAAAAGAAAAUUUUCAAUAUAAUUAAACAAACUGCAAUGAAAAAUGUUGUUCCUAUGUUACAUAGUGCAGAAAUUAAUAUUACGUCGGCUGAAGAUUUUAUUGACUUUUUGGAAUUGUCAAUAAGUUCGAAAUUUUAUGAUAAUUUUCAACUAUGUUUUAAACUUGUUGAAAAUAAUUAUUUAAAAUAUUUUUUAAAUCUAUCCAUCUUCGAUUCUGAGAAGCUCGAUUUUAGAAAGAAAGUUUGUCGAUUGAUGUCUAAAAUAAUAGUGUCACUUGAAAAUUUUUUUCAAUUUUCUUUAAAUGAUUGGGAAAAUGGUUCAUUGACAUUUCAAAAUUAUCUCUCCUUUGGUUUUGAACAAUUGCCACGAGAUUUGAAAAAGUGGGAAGAAAAUUUGAAAAUUCCAAACGAAAAAUCAAAUUCUUUGCUGGUUUUGUUUUAUUGUCACUUUCUCGUUACAGAAGAGAAAUAUAUUUUUACGAAAACAGCAAUAAAUUUACAUUUAAUGAAUCUCGAUGUGAGCUGUACAAAACGAAUUUUUCUCAAAGUUCUACUACUAUUAUAUGCGGUUUCUCCAGUUACUGGUAUAUUUUCAGAGUUUUCACAAUCUACAAAAACAUUGACAACUAUUUUUGAAAAAUUUGAAAACAUUGAUUACACGCAUCAUAAAAGUUUCUUUCUUUUCACAAUGAAAAAUAUUUUAAUUUCCGAUGAAAUGCGAGUGCAAAUUAUUCGUCUUUGGAUUGAUCAAAGUAAAAGUGUUGAAGAAUUUAAUUUAUUCAUUGAACAAUGUCUUGAUCAAGGUUAUAAUGAUUUGAAAAUUGUGAAAAUUUUAAUGGAUGUGAUUCAUGGAAAUUCAAUGAAAAAUAUUGAUAAUGCUGGAAAAGUAUUUGCAGCUUUAUUAGAAUUUGGCAGAAAAAUGCCCAUUGAAGUUGUUGAAUAUGUUUUAAAUAUUCUAACACAAGAUCUUAUAAAUUACACAUCAGACAAUAGUAAAAUUUUAGAAGUUGUAAUUAUGAUAGCCGGUAAUUUAUCAUUGAAUUUAUCACUCUCGGCUCAAAUUGUAAAUAAAUGUGCAAAAAGUUUGAUAGACGUUACAGUAAAAAAAGAGAUAAAUUUGAAUUUAAAAAAAUUACUUCUAUCGAUGAGUGUCUUUAUAAUGCAACAGUCUCUCGAUGCAACAAAUUUUAAAGCUGCAAAAACUUUUUUGAAAAACAAUGAUUUUUUAAAACUAGUUUUAAAUGACAGUUUCAAUUCGUCAAAUAGUACAAUAAUCCAGGUAAAUUUCUGGAUUUUAACAGGUUUACUUUUAUUUCAAGAACAAUUACAAAUCCAGUGUGAAACAAUGGCUGAGGUAAAAUUAAAAGAUUUAAAAAAUAUUUAUGAAAAAACAAAACAAAAAAAUCAGUCACAAUUUUAUUUUGUCACAUUCAUCAAACAAUUAUUAUUAAAUAAUCAACUUGAAUCGCCUUUAAUUCAAUUGUACAAAAAAAAUGAUGUCUUGCAUUUGAAAAAUAUUUUCUACAUUUAUCAUAUGAUUCAUGAUAUUUCUUAUAAGACUGAUGUUGAUGGUCAAAAAAAAAUCUAUGAAUGUCUCUCAACAAUUCUUUACUAUUGUUUUUUUCAAAAAAUAAAUUUAAGUCCAUUUUUGAAGUGUCCUGCAACAUUUUUUGUUUUUAAAAGAGCAAUCAAUAGAAUUUCUAAUUUAUUAGAGGCGAAUUAUAAUUUUCAAGAUUUUGCAAUAACAUGGCUGAGACACAUUCAAUGGGCCAGAAGAAAUGAACAAUUGAUAUUGAAUUCUGACAUUAAACAAUCGAUAGCUCUUCUUUCUGAACUUCGAUCAAUAUUAUUAAAUAUAAAAAGAAAAGAUAGUUUAAUAGAAGAUUUCUGUUCAGUUGUAGACAAUUAUUUAACUUUAUAUGAUUAUUAAUUCAAGGUAUGUAAUAUUUAUUUUGUUUCACAGUUUUAAACAAAAAGGAAAUUUAUUUAAUGAAGGUAAUCUAUAAAAUGAUUUUAUAGAAAUUAAAAAUAAUUUAUUAAAAUGUA